CCUCUGACGGCUCGCCCAGCCAGCCUCGCCAGUCUGGCGAAGAAUGCCGCCGGAGCGGCAGCCGUACUGGCUGCGAGCAGUCGCCGGGAGCCGACUCGUCGUGUCUGCGUUGUUGCGCCGCCGCCGUGUUUUGCGUUUGUAGACACCGUCGGGCCUGGCCGCGAAGAUCAUGCGGCGCCGUGCGACCCGCACAUCGCCUCGGAUCGCUGCCGACAACGUGGCCCACCGGUCGUCCGUGCACUUCACCGCAGCAGUAAUCGGCGCUGCUGCGUCUGCAGACAAGCUACUACUACAGCUGCUGAUUUCAAGGGGUUUGUUUGGUUGCGCGGCGGGUGUGUAGGCCUAACCGUUUAACGGAACUGACUGUGCGUGCAUGCCAGGUUGAGGCUGGUGUUCUGGUUCGGUCGGCUGGCUUUCCGUGCUCGUUGGAUCGCCCUGACGAGUGAGUUUGUUGAAUAGGAAGUGCCGGGAAGUUCCGUGCACACGGGGCUUGGUGCGCGUGCGCACCUGUCGGGGGAAUUUUGUCUGUUGGCGCUUGGGGACAAACCGCGCAUGACUUUUUCGAGCAACCGCUUGGAGCUUCUGCCCGCAUGCCUGGCCGCGAGACGGAUUUCUACGAAAAGCGGCUGCAACGACGAGGUUCGUCGCUCUGCUGUUGUCAACAACGGCGGCACGAGUCGCGCAUGCGUUUGGAUGCCGAGUGCGUGUGUGUGUGAAGUGUCGUUCCCUUGCCUGGAGGUUCUCGCUCGCUGGUUUCUUUCACUCAAGCUGAGGAUAACCCCUCCUUUUUUCCUACGCCCAGAUCUCUUCGUGUCAGAUGCCAUUCAUUGGUUCAAGUGCUAUCCAUUUAGACAGACGUAUGUCUCGUGAUACGAAUCUGCUGUAUGUAUGCAAAGGUCGCUCAGCCGCGGCGACGGAAAUCGAAGCGACCUUCGUGGCUUGUGACGGAUGACAACUGUGUCGAAGCAGCGCGUACUUUCUUUCUAAUUGGGACGACCACGUCCACGGUGCUGUGCUCUUGAAAUGACUCCGCUACGACUUCUCGUCGUCGUGCUUCUGUUGGCUACGCUCAUCCCAGCGGCCACUUCACAGACGGUCUGUGCAUACUCGCGGCAGUCUUCGGUGCGCCUGCAGCCAUCUAAGGUGGAUGCGGAUAGGCAGAAAGACCAUGAAUCUGCCGACCAGGAUGACCAUGAUGCUAGGCGGAGCAGUGGUGAUGAACAUCAGCGACAUCGGCAGCAGCAGAAACAGCAGCAGCAGCAACAGGUACAACAGUAUCGAGAGCAGGAGCAGAAUCUGGCCACAGGGGAGCUUCUGGACUCAAACACAACUGAGCGUUGCCCACGAGGCUCAAACUUCUGCUACACACUCUGGCAAGAAGAUCCUACGAACAAGACGACACUGAUUAUUCUCACUCAAGGUUGCUGGGGCACAUCAGGUGAAGUGGACUGCAAAUCCUCCAACUGCAUCUCUACCAAAAAGCCUUCUAAAGCACUGAACAACACAAAGUUUUGUUGCUGCCUGGGAGAUUUCUGCAAUCUCAAUGUCACCGACGGUUACAUUCCAACUGAUGAUGACAGCACAGAAGCAUAUCUUCCUGAGCAGUACCGUGCUGAGCCAGGAGGACAGACAGUGGCGAUAGUAAUAGUAGGGUGCCUGCUGCUCCUAGCAACCAUGGUCAGCCUAGUAGUGCUUUACUGGCGUUGCGUGUCACCAAAGCCCAAGCCUGGCCUUGACUCAGCUCACCUUAUGGAGGCACCCCAGCUGCAGUCACCGAUGCUGGACCUGGACAGCCUCAAAAUACAGGAAACGAUAGGAAAAGGCCGGUAUGGCUGUGUCUGCAAAGGCUCGCUGAAUGACUGCACGGUGGCCGUGAAGAUCUUUGCGCAGCACCACCACCACUACUAUGCCAAUGAGAAGGACAUAUACAAGCUCUUCCACGGUGACCUUCCAUUCCUUCCGAGGCUGAUAGGUGCCGAUGAGCGUACAUAUCCUGACGGGAGGCGUGAGUGGAUGCUGGUGCUGACACAUGUCCCCAAGGGUUGCCUGCAGGAGCAACUGCGCAAGACCACUGUAGACUGGCCCGGCCUAUGUCGGAUGGCCCAGUCCAUCACUAGAGCACUGGCCUACCUACACACUGAAGAGCCCAACAAGCCCUGCAUAGCCCAUCGUGAUCUCACUUCGCAGAAUAUCUUGGUUAAGGAUGAUGGCAGCUGCAUGCUGUGUGAUUUUGGCUUUGCCAUUCGAAUCUCGGGUUCCAGGUACAUUCAGAACGGUGAAGAGCAACAUGCCGAGACCAACUCACUCGCUGAUGUUGGAACACUGAGGUACAUGGCGCCAGAGGUGCUCGAAGGUGCAGUCAACUUGCGAGACUGCGAAUCUUCGCUCAAGCAGGUGGAUGUCUACGCACUUGGUCUGGUCCUCUGGGAAAUAGCCACUCGGUGCUCUGACCUUUACCAAGGAAUGAGUGUGCCAGACUACAAGAUGCCAUUUGAGGCUGAGGUUGGGGCCUACCCUAGCACUGAUCAGAUGCAAGUGCUGGUUGCCAGGCACAAAGCACGGCCACUUUUUCCAGACAUAUGGAAGGACAGCAACCCGGCUGUGCGUGCACUCAAAGAGACGAUAGAAGACUGUUGGGACCAUGAUGCUGAAGCCCGACUGACAGCAGUUUGUGUGGAGGAACGUCUCACUGAACUCCCUGUGUUAUGGGAGAGGCACAAAGCUGGCCUUAGCGUGCCAGGAGUGAGCCCAACGAUCAACGCCACGUGGCCUCAACAGCAACGGGCGCCUCCCUUAUGCCUGCUCGGAAGCAAUGGAGGCCUCUCUGUGUCUGUGGUAACGCAGAGGGACGCAGAGCGCAGCGAAACCACAGCUGAGACGCUGCUAUCGCCUAGCCUAUCCUCAGAUGGGGGUAGCGGACAGCCCAAGAACAGCAUCACAAACAAUGUGGUGCACCUGCCCAGCAUGCCACUUCAACCGCACCAGGGCAGGAAUCCAUGCCUCGAGCGGAACCUCAUGAUGGAGCCCGUGGAAGAGGUGGCCAUCAGUGGAAACACCCUUCUCGAACAGGACACGGUUGGGAGAAGCAAAGGACUGCCCCCUUACACCCGACUGAACGAGAUGUCCACAACGCCCAUCACUGCCACGGCCGAAGACAACAGCGUAGCACUAGCGCUUGGAGACCUGCUAGGGGGAUCCACGCGCACCUGCCACCCAAUCCCUUAUGUGCAGAAUGCAGUGCAUGUCUCCACUGUCAUACCCAAGCAGCCCAACCUACCAGGCAAUGGGCACAAAUUGCAGGCUGCUGCCAAGAAGCCUUCAGAGAGGCCGAAUCACCAUCUGUUUGGAAGCAUAUUCUGGAAAACCAACAGCAAGGCCCCCAACAAUGCCAGCAAUGCUGAGAGCAGACCGCAGCGGCGCGUGCUGCGAGGACUGUUCAGCCGCCGAUCAUGGGACAGUAAUAGCCAGGCAGCAACGGGGACAGUUCACAAAGGCCAAGGCCCAGCGCACUCUGAAUUAGUGAAUGCUGGUGGCUGGGUGGACAAGCUGCCGGUCAACACAGAGGUGCAGAUGAUGGUGGACGGGGCCUGCCGGGUCAGGCCUGUGUCUGCAGACGCUGAGACGUCUCCGCUCCUUCAGAGCAAGGACAUCAACGACAACUGCAGAGACGGUGAGGAGGAGGGCAGGCUCCCGCGACCCACCACGCUGCCUCUGCGGACAUACUUGCAGUCCAAGGGUGCCACAGCAGACUCAAACUGUGCCACUGCUCACCAACUGCCAUCACUGGUGCGGACAGGCGGCGAGCAGCAGGCUGGACCACUUGCACAGCAGCAGCAACAACAAACGUGCACAAGGGAGGCUUGACAAUCUGUGUCAUAGUUGCACAACCUCUCUUGCUCCCUUGUAAAAAUCAUGCAUGGCAUUCAAUUGAAUUUCAACAGGAAUCUAUUGAAUGUAACAAAAAGGGCAAUAGAAAUGUGACAGAAUUUGUCUAACAACUUCCACAAGGGCUCUCAUUAGUUGAUCUGCUGUCACUGUUGUACUGGCUCCUCGACCGACCUUUAAAGCUGCACCUACAAUAGCUGUAAUCCACUAGUUGAUAGUGAGAAGCUUUUCCUUUUCCCUUGUGGUUGAAAAUGCUUGUUUCCUACUGAUUGCUGCGAGAUCACGUUCUUCUGGUGGAUUUGAUGAGGUAAAUAUGUUAGGAAUCACUAGCAAAAUGCACAUUCUUGUACCAAGUCAACUUAAGCGGCGAACAUGCUGUAAAAUCCCACAUAGAAUGAAUCGCCCAAAAUUUUGACAUGUGAAAUUCGGUUCUGAUAUUGUAUGUUAUAAGCGCUUUUUAGUAUUAGAUAUAUUCCCUUCCCUCUUUAAAGAAAAGAACACACAAUCACACAUAGCCCCAUUGGUCACAUUGUACACAGGAAAAUUUGUUCCUUUUCUCCUCUUUUGUAGCUCCAAAAUUUUCUUUUGUCUAUGAUAUCUGGGUUUAUAUAAUAUACAAGUUCUUGCACUACAUUUUCGAAUGCUAGGAAAUGAAACAUUGUUCUUAAUCUGCUUGUAGAAUUUGCCAUAAAGACAUGAAAAAGUUGUUGCUCCUCGAGUUGCGGAAAAAUAACUGCUGGCUUUGUUGUAUUCAGUAUAUACCUUUGUUUUUAAAGCACUAGAACCAUUCUUCCAUUAUAGCAAAGCUGCCUAAUUUAUCCUUUGAUUGUUAAACUUCAUGGAUUCAGUUGGCUUUGUUGCACUGCAGUACAAUUUUUUACAAAUUUGCAAAUUUUACAAGUUGGCUUUGGCCAAUUAUAUGUAACAUUUUCCCAGGAAGAACAGAGCAACCAUAGUAUGAACAUAGUUUAUGGCCUAUUCAGUGACUUGCUGUAAUACACUUCAAUGUAAUGCAGGCUGAAAGGAAUAUAAUGAAAUAACCUACUUUCUCCUCUCUACAGCUUGGCUGAAUCAGGGGCCUCAUAAGCAAGUACUGCUAGUAUACCAUUGAUUUGUCUAUGUACACCACACACCUGAACUAGCCAGGGGUCACAAAGAAAUUUCACUCAAAAGAAAAAAAAAAGCUUUGCUUAGUCAAUUCGUUAUGUCAGAAGAGUGCAAUGGCUUGUUCUUUUAUGCCUACUUGAAAUGUGACUUAUAUCUACUCCAGUACAAUGAUUUGACCAGUGAACAAUUACUUUUGAGACUUGUUAAUAUUAUUGAUUUCUGAUCUGAGGUCCAUUACUUGAAGACUGCUGGAGGGAAACAGCAAAUUCUUUCCUACUAGUCCUGUUCAUAAUACAACUUAUUGGCAUAGAGUUUGCUGUACAUGCUCAUGCCGGUUUAGAGUGUGUCAUCAGCUCAAUCAAGCAGCUUUUGCAGAGCUGUUGCUGCCCAGAAAAUAGUUAGUGGUUCUUUUGGUGCAUCCACAAAAAGAAGUAAAUAGCGUGCUGUACAGAAGUCAAAGGACAGUGGUAGAAUUGAGUCGAGUGGGAUGGACAGCAUAGUACCUAUGGAAUGAAGCAUUUCUCAAAUAACGUACACUCUGAGGUAAGCUAAACAACAAUCCUGCGCCUCCUGUGAAGUGCGCCUCCUGUGAAGUGCGCCUCUUGCUGUUUCAAGGUUCCAGCGACUGAACUGUUUGUUCAAGCCAGACUAAAGCCCCUUGGUCUAGGAGGAAGACGGCUACACGCUUGUUUGUGUGAGCUGAAAACAAACUAGACGUGUAGGUAGGUAAGCAUGUUGCUGCUAGAUGCAUUAGCAUGGUAGAAAACUGUAAAGUUUAAGUAAUAUGUCUUAAAUGUCAUUACUGUUUCCAAUCGCUGCCACUGUAGAGAAGUAGUGUUGUUUUUAUUUUGUGCUCUUGAGCUCCGAAGGCCCUCUUAAAGGCCAACUGCUAUGAAAAUUUUGACUACGUAAAAAAAAGCCGUAAUAUAAGUGGAUGCGUCACGAAAACCUAGCAAAAAUAGACGAUCUUGAUGCCGGAACUAUAAAUAGAGAAACAAAUAAAACACUGCCAAGAUUGCUUCAAUAGUCUAUAUACUACUCAUUUACAACCAAUUUAGCCACAGUGAAAUUUCGUGGCAGUUGGCCUUUAAAUAUUGGGUGGCUGCUUUUGAAGGACAUGCAAAUCAUUUUGCAGCCACAUCAGCAGCCCAGUGAACCCCACACAGGGUUUACUACGGGGCCUACUCAGCCCCAGAUGGCCCCUACAUCAGUCCAGCUUUCCGUUCUGCUAGGGUAAAUAUAUCCUUCUGGAUGCCGCUAAGCUCACGCAUGUUACCACCCUCUGCGAGGAGCGCAUGUCUCCUGUCAUGUCUGCAGGUCAGAUAAUUUCCCAGAUGACAGUGCAGAGAGUGAGCAGUAUGCUUUUCACUGUGUAUACAGUUACUUUUGUCCAACCAUCGUCAUCAUCAUAGUAGUCCACUCCUGUGCACAGCGUUCUCAAAACUUUCGCUGUUGGUUGCUUUGGUAUGCAAAACAUGUAGGUGCACUAGAGCUCACAAAUACCGGCCAUGCGCUUCUGUUGUGCUGUUCCCUUACUUCAUCCCCAUAUCUAGACUCUUCCCUGUAAUACGUACUUAGGCAAAGGGGUGCAAAAAAAUUUCUUUGCAUCCAGCGAGCAAAAGACCAGCGGUUGAAGCCACCUGGUAAGCUGAGCAUAAUAAAAGCAAGCUAGGUAUACCUGUACAGUGACAAGACUUUAUUUAAAAAACAGGGAGUAGCAAAAGACACCCAUUAAGUCAGCAUACUGAGACACCUGGAGACACAAAGCUGCAAUGACCGUUGCUUUUGCAUCCGAAUUCAGUGUAGAUAUAUGCAUACAUUUGUACAGCUAUGAUAACAACUGGUGCUGCUGCAUGUGCCUGAGAUGACAGUCCUGUAAGCAGCCCAAUAAUAUGGCGUGGCAUGCAUUACAAAAAUUGUGUGCCACGCAAGCUGUCUGCAGAUUACUUUCCAAGGGCCGAAAUUCAGUAUUAGAAAUGGAACAUUUUAUUUUUGGUUUGGUGGGACAGACCCAAGCAACGUUUAUGUACAGAUCUUCCUAUCACCUUUAUUUAACAGUGAGGACAGCUUUAAUUAGGACUCAUUUAACUGCUGCCACCUUGAGCUUUAACGAGUAAACUUGGCAACUGUACUAUUUGAUGCGUAAUUUUGGGACCAGUCUGGAAAUGCCAAAAAGAGUUUAAGGGCACAUUUGCAGUCAUUGCGCGAGUCAGUUUUGCAACACCACUGUGAUGAGAAAAAUGUUUGCAUUAGCAGCACAGGAUUUCGAAGGGGGCGGAUAGCAACUAAAUCUAAUAUGGUCUGUCGUGAAACCCGGUUUUGGCUACAGAGAGAGUGCAAGUCAGACAAUUCUCGCAGAAUUCUGAGUUUUUUUUCCACAACUCAGGGAAUCCUUGAAAUUGUCGCUGCGUAGCAAAAAGUAGACUAGGAAAUACCUAUUGUUAAUCGAAACACCCUAAAAAAGGGGGUGACUGCAUGACGUUGUGGGCCAACUGUGUGCAUUUUUUUCCUCUGACCUAUUUAUACUUCCACACUGUGCAGGUCACCCUUAGUUUGCAUACUUGAGGGCAGAGGCUUGUUUCAUUUUAGGAAUCUCCCUCGCUAGUUAGCGCAAGAGUAGAUAAUGACUGUAGGCAUGUUCAUGUGCGGACACAGACUCUUCUGGUUGGGUUGUGUGCGAUAUUAUACUCUUCAUUAUUCAUAGCAGGGAAGGUUUCUAUUUUCGGCCUGAAAGGAGCUAUCCAAGUUGCUACUGAUCAAAAGUGAUCUCUGUAUCCACAGGGCACUUUUCUGGUCAUGUCAUCAACAUUGCUAUGCUGUCUGUCUUGUGCUAGUUGUAAACACUCCGCAAUGUUAAUGUUUGUCGCCCACACAACUUUGGAAGCAGUUCCUGGUUGGCGUUUUGGUCGUGAUAACACUGACAUGUUUUUCGUCGUGUAAAUAGUUGUAUAAUGCAGAAAGAAAAGCAAUGUUAAAAAACCCUUCGGUUCUCAAACUUCCUGAAUGGAUAUGCAAGAGGGAACAGUUGAUCUACGACAGGAAGAAAGUCUUGAAGCUGUGAUAACUGUGCAGAGUUUUUUUUUUUUUUUUUUUGAAGCGAAAUACCAACAUCAACGAGAGAUCAUGUGUAGUGGAAGUGUUGUGAAUGGAAUGCUGUCUGUUGUGAUACUUGAAGGUGGUUGGUGCUGUGUGGCACCAGCCAGAAAAGGAAGACAUCUUGCCGACACAUGUUGGCCUGUGUGUCCUUGACACUAAUGUCAUUGCAACAGGGUACUGCUGUACAGAGGGCUUGCCUUAUGGAAAGUACGUGUGUGUGUGUGUGUAUAGACCCAGGAUACUGCCACAGUCAUGGUUUUCAGCGGGGUUAAUGUGACUUGUCUUUAGUGCAAACCAAUCUUAAGUGCAGGAAACUGGCUUUAUUGCCUGUUGCUCCUUCCUGCCCCUUCAUUAAAUGAGAGAGAGGGAGAGAGCGUUGAGUGAACUAGUGGCAUCACUGCAGCAGGUUAGUGAAUAAAUGCCUUGAAAACGUAGACUUCAUGACCACUGACACAUGACCUGCAAGACGCACGAAUGCUCAUUUUGCCACAUGCUCACACCUUCUGAAUGUACUUUCAAGUAGCACUCUUCAAGUCAAGUGCUCUACAUGGAGUAUUGGACAGGAAGAAGGAGGGACUUGGAAACAUGAACGACUUUGUGUGUGCAGAAACAUUCUUUAAGCCAUGUUGAGGUUGUCAUCUGAAAUACCUUUUGACGUUGAGGUGCUGUAGCUAGUUGGGUUUGAUGGAAAUGCACGAAGUGAUUUUUGUCGGUGCCCUGCAACCUGUCACCUGCUACAUUUCUUUAUUCUUUUUUGCAUAUAUCUUUUCUUUAAGCGCUGAUGUGUGUGAAUUUGUAAGACAUUUCUUUUUGCCUUCGAUUGGUCUUUGCUUGCUGACGAUUUUGUACUUCUGAGAAGUUGAAUUGUUACUGCCAAUGGAAUUCAGUGUGGGGCAUGUAGGAAUUGGAAAGAUAUUUCAGGCAUCCAAAGGUGCAAAGCUUGGACUCUCAUUACAAAAUGCCACAUGUCUAAAUGCAUUUGUGGAACUUAGAUAAUGCAGGCCUGUCUGCAUGAUUGAAUACAUUUUAGAGGACUGCAAAUAAACAAACGGUGAGUAUUACAAAUAUCUGUUAAAACAUUGAAGUUUCACUAAUGACCGUUACGAGAUAUGGCUGGGGCUUCCCCAAAAUAUACUGUAAUAUCGAUGCUUCUCGCCUAGAGAUUUGUGUUGCCAUAGGUGCUGUUGCAUAGAGCUGCUGAAACUGCACCUGCCUGUCAAAUAUAUUCAACACUACAUGGAUCUGAAAAAGGCAAGAGUAAAGGAGUGACACAUGAACACAAGCAUCAAAUUUCAAGUAGAGUUCUUUGUUCAUACAAGUUGCUAUAUCUCCCAUAGGCCCCAUGUUUCAGAAUUGGGACACGUUUAUUGGCCAAAGUGUUUGGGGUUUGCCAAUUGUCACGUCACUUGUGGGUAUCAAAACAGAAUAGAAAUAACCAUGCCUGCUAUUGUUUAGCGCAAGAACUUAUAAACAUGAGUGGAAACACCCAUCAAGUAUAUAGAACUGGUGCAUACAUGUUUGUCUGCCUUCUCUCACAAAGACUUAGAACUCUGCGCUUGCAUCUUUUCCAUGCUCUCAUCCGACCUAUAUAGUUGAUGAUAGCCACAUAUGAGAGUCUUAACAUUGUUGAAUAUGUAAUUUUGUUUAGAGAGCAGGACUCGGAUAUAAAGCUAAGGUAAUGUGUCACGUAUUUUGACUUAAAAAAUUUGAAAGCUGACCGCAGGUGGUGGAUUCGUCAUGAGGUCGUUAUACAUUGGCUCACUUCAUUCCUGUGAUCUCUACAGUUGCCACAGCCAUGUUUAUUUUUUAUGAGCAACAUUAUGAUUUAUAGCUUUAUUGACUGUCGGCAGUAAAGCUAGGAAUCUUCAUAACGUCAGCAAACAUUGCUCUGUUUCACAACAUCACGGUAAUGUUGAUGAUGCCAGGUUUGGCGUUUCGAGACCAGCUUUAAUAACAGAUUAAGAUACCUUGCGUUUCGACAACCUUUGUACUCUCUAUAUGUCACUUUUCUAUGUCUGAGAAGCAUGUGGUCGAGUUUAUGUAAUUUCGAAAGUAUGCAUCCGUAUUCCUUUGAACAAUUCUUGAACUGUUUUAUACAUUGCAUUGUGAGUAGAUGGUGGCCACUCUAGCCUACUUGCGCAGAUGCUUUGCAAGCUAAGCUAGAGGGAGCUGUAGUUUUCAUUAGGUACUUUGACUAUUUGAGUGAAUAUUGUUCUGGAAUUAAGCCAAUGACUGCAUUAACUGAUAAAGUUUGCUGCAAUAAAAGAAAAACCCCAUGUUAAUGUUUGUACAGAGUGGUUUAAAAUGUAUGGCUUGCUGUUAGAAUGAGUUUACCAAUCAGACAGUGCCUGAAUAAAAUUGAAUUAACAAUGCAAGAGUUUUAUUGCAUCAGUAGCCAACAGUACCAUUGCACCAAAAUAAAAAAUUGUUCCAAGUCUUUUUGUUGUGUUAGGAGAAUGACGUAGUGUAGCAGUGUGUGCAGUAGUUGCUCAUAAAAAAAAAAAAGAAGAGGAGACAGAGAAAUGGGAGAAGCCAUAGCACAAGUUCUUGCACUUGCAUUUGUGAUGAUCGUGUGUUCAGGGCAACGCCAAGUGCUAGUGAGUGUAGCUUCCAAGCAAACACUAUAACUGAGUGUGCCUACUUGUUGUAGCACCGAGUUGCCAUGGUGGCCGUGGUCCACGAGUGUGUGCCGGGGGGCUUUCAUGUUUUUGAGUGGCAUUGCGGUGAAGAAGUUGAAGAAAUGAAUGUUUCUAGUUUUUUUUUUUUUUUUUUUUUUUGUGAGCUCCAUAGACUAGACCAAAAUGAUAAGGGAGGGCAAGAAUAGAGGAGGAGUCAUUUUUAUGAAGCAAAUGUAGAUAGGAGAGUGAGCAAGAGAAUAAAACCAGAAACAAUCAAGUGUGUGCGUAUGCUUGCAAAAUGUGAUGGCAUUGUUUGUUGAUGAGAGAGAGAGAGAGGAGUUUGACGUGUUGUUUGUAUGCUGCCUCGGAGACACAGUCAGAGGAAAGAGUUUAUGUAUGAGCAGCAAGUUUUUCCGGUUGUCUGACAUCUUUCUGUAAACAUGUCUUUUUUUUCUUAUGUCUGUGACAGCAAUGUUUUUCUUUAAUCAAUUUGAACAUGCAGCAUGUAUCAGCAUGCCUUGUAUUGCAACUUUGAUGCUUUUAGCAACUGCGUUUGCUACCAACAGCACAUGAAUGUUUGUCAAUCCAUUGUGUGAGCACCAAACAUUGAUCAAGUGGCCAAUUGAAUACUUGCUAUUGAAAAAAAUUGGCUUAUUGGGAACGUCCUGAGUGCAUCUUUCCUAUAUUUUAGGAGCCCUUCAAGUAAGUAAACUUCAGAUUAGUUUUUAUUUAUUUGUUGCUUCCUGUCAAAGUUAAGACAUGCUGGUGCUGCAUUUUUGAUCAAUAAAUUUUUUCCAUGUUUGAA